GUAUUUUGUGAGUGUUCAAAAGCUCCAUCGUUAUGCAAAAAUAAAAACAACAAACGAAAACUCUUUUCCGUAACAAAACAAGACUUUCCGUGCCGUCCCGUCCGAGAGAAGAGCAUUUCAAUCACACUUCUCCAUUUGGUUCCUUUCCUUCUUGUGAUUGAAAUUUAUCGCGCUUGACACUGGGUUCGAAUAACCUUGACCGAGUUCCAAUCCGAGGCUGCGUCGAGAUAAUCUCUCAUUAGUUACAUAACACUUUGCUUUUCCCUACAAACAAUCAUGUCGAGGAAAUUACCUUCCGGGUUCAAACAAGUCACCCACUGUAUCUUCGACAUGGAUGGCCUGUUGCUAGACACCGAACGUCUGUACUCGGAAGCUAUACAGAAAAUCCUUGACAAGUACGGAAAAACGUAUACAUUUGAGGUGAAACUAACGCUCAUGGGAUUGCAGAAUCAGCAGGUAUCGGAGAAGAUUGUGGCCGCCUACGACCUGCCAAUGACAUGGCAGGAGUAUUCCAAGCUACAGCGUGACGUUUCCACAGACGCCAUGCGAGAAGCACAACUCAUGCCAGACACGGAACACAUUUAUGAGGAAAUAACGGAACGCAUCGCGGCGGCUUUUAACAUAAAGUAUCCUCUCGAUGUGCGCAUGAAAGUGAAGGGACGAACUGAGCACGACUCAGCUGUCGUCGCUGUGCGGGAGCUUAAACUUCCCAUUGGGGUUCCGGAAUACUUAAAGAAGUACGAACAGAUGUCGCGGGCCAUGCUGGGCGGUGCACCACUACUGAAAGGAGCUGAGCGAUUGAUAAGACAUCUGCACGAGACCAAGGUGCCUUUUGCCUUGGCCACCAGUUCGGGUGAAGAGAUGGUUGACCUCAAGACCACCCACCACAAGGAACUAUUCAAGCUCUUUCAUCACAAAGUCUGUGGCUCCACUGACCCAGAUGUGAAAAAUGGCAAACCGGCUCCUGAUAUAUUUCUGACUGCCGCUGCCAGGUUUCCCGAUAAACCAGCUCCCGAAAACUGUUUGGUCUUCGAGGAUGCUCCCAAUGGGGUGCAGGCAGCCGUCUCGGCUGGCAUGCAAAGUGUGAUGGUUCCGGACGAGCGAGUGCCGCAAGAGCUGCGCACGAAAGCCACCCAGGUAUUGAAGUCGCUCGAGGACUUCAAACCCGAGGAAUUCGGAUUGCCUCCGUUUAAAUGUUAAAAUAAGUAUAUAGCUAGUGAAAUUGUGUGCUUUUAGUUAAAUACACAGAGAAAGUCUAUAUUUUCUGAAAUUAAUUUCAA